AUGCAAACUGUGAUUGUUGAUCGUAAACAGAACCUGGCGCGAUGGAGAAGAAGUGCUUUAAACACCUCUAUAUAUUACAUUUGUAUGAUUCUGUGUUAUUUUCCGAUGUUUUCAUCACUGUUACUUUUAAGCAUUAACCCAAAACUCGAGAGACAGGAGUGGGAUUUGAAAAUGAAUAUGGUUUUUAUGAACUCGUCCAUUAAUCCAGUUUUGUAUUGUUGGCGUUUACGCGAACUUCGACAUGCAGUUUUAAAGAUAAUCAAACAUCUACUAUGUAAACAAACGGAAGAAACCUAAUUCUCCGAGAAGAAACCGUAUUAAUCAGUUCAGUUAGUUUUUCUGCUUUACUGUUGUAACACGAACGAUGCUUUGGCUUAAACAUCGCGUGAAAAAAAUCGACCUUACUUCUAACGAUGAAAUAAUUACAAAAAUAUGAAUAUAGUUCACAUCAUGUCACAUCCGCCAUGUUGGUGUCCCAAACCAGUCCUGUGGGAGUUGAACUCUUUUCUAAUGUAAACACUUUUAAGUGCUAGCCGCGUGAGUGAAAACGCUCGAUUGAAUUUUCUGCACUGUCGUUAUGAUAGAUGCUCCACUAAUGUCGGCACAUGCUCCAUCCCCUAACACAGGAUACGCUCCUGCCCAACAACAGCAACAACAACCACGCAUUGAAUGAUAAUUACUUCUUGUCAUUGUAAGAAUAUUUCACAUCUACACCAUAAGUUACUUUUCUAAACAUACUUCAUUUUAUUCUCUCUAACGAAUAACGCGUGAUCGUUAAACGAUCUAAGGGUUUCACUCUUGAAAACUUCUUCCACUGUUACUAGAUACUGCUGCCUCAUUCCGAGGCUCGGUUGCACAGUACAUCCUUCCCAUUACACCAAGCGCUCCAAGCAAGAGCAUGGAGGGACGUGGGAGACUGGGGACAUGGCAGGUAAACAACCGUGUACAUUGCUAUUAAAGCUUGCCGCCCGCUUAAGUGGAAGAAGCUAAACAGGAGAGAGUACGAAACACAAGAGAUGCAAAAGAGCGCCGGAUAGAGAAGGCAUGGGGAAGAAAAGAGGGCUUUCUUAUUUUUUCGUUACGCGUCCUUUUGUGUUUACACGUGCACAAUUCAAUUUUUCUCUCUUUCCGUUUCAAGAUUCCUGCAUUUUUAGCUAAAGAAAAUUCAAGGACCUUUUCAGGAGGACAGCCAAUAUUUGGACUGAACUAUAGGCUUUAUAGUUUUUGUCCACAUCAUUAUACAGCAAUUUUGCCUCUCUGUACGGUUUAAAAUUGAGUUUUCUUUCUUCAAGGAGUGGCUUUUCUUUUGGAAGACUUCUGGUAAUGAAAUAAAGAUGUCGCUUCUAUUUUGCCAGCACCAGAGAGAGAUUCAGCAAACAUCUUUACAACCUAAACAGACAAGUGACAGGAAAUGAAGAUUAAACGCGACAAAGGAAAUGAAAUAUUAAACGUGGAAGGAAAAGUUGCGGGCGCUCGAGAGCAGUUGGCUCGUUGCUUUACUGUGGUACUGUUUAUUAUGCUGUGCAAGGUGGUUCUAACGUUUGAGUCUGUGGAUGAAGUCCUAUGGUGUGACCAUUCAAAUGAAAGCUAUUAAGCAGCACUCUCCAGUAGUGCUGUUUAUUAUUCUGAAUAAGGUGGUUCUUAGGUGUCCAGAUCUGGCCAUUGGACGGUUGCUACCUGAAAAGAAGAAUGACGUCAUACCUCUAAGUUUGUGAUGAGCGGGACACCGGUGUCGAUAGACGCUCUCCUUAUAAGGUAAUUGUCCUUGAUGUACUUUGUGUUCUGAUUGGGCAGGUUGAUGACGAGGUCCACGACUUUGUCCUGGAUCAAUCUACAACAUGACAACAUCGCAUGAUGAAGAACAGCUGUGAGCGGCCGAAACAUCACGAUGAAUAGCGGAGUUUCUCUCGUGAGACACAAGAUAACGGAACUUAUGCAUAAUGACCCGCCGACAACUGCAAUAACAGGGAGUUUAGGGACGGACCAUUAGAAAACUUAUGGGGGGGCGAAGAACAAAAAAAAUAUUCGCGCAAAGGAAAAUUAAAUGAAAAAAAUUCGUGCACGCCAAUUAACCCUAAAAAAUAUUCAUGCUACGGCCUAAAAAAAAUCAUACCUGGAAUUUGAUAAUGAAAAAAAAUUCCUGUGGCUCGAAAAUAUCCCACACCCCCAUAACUUUUCUAAUGGUCCGUCGCUUAAGAUACCAUGGCGACGGCGGCAGAAAACGCCACUUAAAAAGUGACUUCAUGUUCUUUAAACUGUAGCGCGAUUAUCACAACUCGCUCACUUUGUCUAAUGUAGGAAAACUUUCCUGGAUUUGAAUUCCUAAAAAAAGAUAUUAAAGUUUAAAGAGAGAAAGAGAAAUUCGUCGUCGUAUGUUCACGUUGUCGAUAAAACGUGAAAUUAGGCAAUUCACGUCGUAGUCGUGCAGUGACGGCAAAGAAAUGUACAAAAAAGCGCAAUGCACGUGCGAAGUUGUUGUUUUGCUAACCUAAACCUAUUGCUUUUUGACGUUCUCGUUGCCGUCGCCGUAGUGACAUCUUAAACUCCCUAACAACUAUUGCUAUACGGCUGCUCAGCCAAGAUGAAAUGAAUGGUGUGUUAUGAUUCGUCUGUUUUAGAGGGCAAGAUGGCUAAGGGACUGGGAAUGGCUGUAACCAAGGGUUCUUUAUACAGGGUGUCAAGCACUUUAGGGGUCCAAAAAUAUAGGAAUAUAGGACUCAACAACCUGAAAAUAUAGGACAAAACCCACCAAAACUGCAAAAAUAUAGGACUAAUCUGACAGUCACUUUUAGGCCCAACGUAAGGUUCUUUAGUUUUAAGACAAUUUAAUAUCAUUAUUUAUAUGUUGCCAAUUGAAAGUCAAUAAAAGAAAGACACUUUUUCGGUUUCAAAAAUCUCUUUAUUUUUUUUUUUCUGGAAUCAUUACCUCAUCUUACUAACAAUACGUUCUUCGGCUUGUGAGAUCAAUAAGAAGGGCAAUCUGACAUCCUUUCAGUUCAACAAUAUAAACAAUAUAAACUGGUUCGAGUUCAAAACUCAGUACUGACACUUUUGUGAAUGCAAGUAACAAGCAAGGAAAUUUAUAUGCUACAAGGCCAAAUAACUCAACACAUGGUAAAAUGGGGUUGACAGACCUGCGCGGCUCCUGCUGUGUGACCGUUGUGUUGUUAUAAGCCUUUACAGUUUUGCUUUAACAAGCAUGUCUUUAAGCGACUUUCCUUUUCUAUAAGAGAUCAAGGGAGGUUCCUUGAAUAUCUCUCUGAGUAGUGGCUGGUUUUCUAUUAAAUGCCAUUUUUCCAUUAGUAUGUUUUUCAAACCUGGUAAUGACGGUUGAAAUUGCGUGACAAAGGGUAAAAGCAUUUUUUGCGCUUUCUGUUUUUGUGUCAGAGCUGUCGCUCUAUCUGCAUAUUUAACUUCUGAGAGGAUCUUUUCUACCAUACUCUCUGGGUAGCCUCUCGAGAUAAGGCGUGUUUUAAAGUUUUUAAUAUUCUUGUCAAAUAUGACUUUAGAAGAGUUAGUUCUUAGAAGUCUAAGAGCCUCUCCUUUGACAAAACCUUUUUUAACGCCUGGUAGGUGGCAGCUGUUAAAGGAACCUCCCUUGAUCUCUUAUAGAAAAGGAAAGUCGCUUAAAGACAUGCUUGUUAAAGCAAAACUGUAAAGGCUUAUAACAACACAACGGUCACACAGCAGGAGCCGCGCAGGUCUGUCAACCCCAUUUUACCAUGAUAAACAGCUAUUGUUAGAAUACAAAGAGGAUGGAAAUGGAUGUAAAAUAUAAACUCACCUCUCAACACCAACAUGGCAGCCAGAAAGACCCCCCACAGUCAACCCACAAUGCAUUGCAAGAGUGCAAAUUGGGCAAUUUGCUUUCUAAGCUGUUUCUAACAGAUAUUUGUGACAAAAAAUCUCCUGGAUUGUGGAUUUUAAACGCCAAUACAACUUUUACAUUUCUUGAAUAUUCUUUUUUUUACAAGAAGGCUUAAAAUAUAGGAAAAUAUAGGAUUUACCUCAAUUUAUAGGAGUUUAUAGGACAAGUCUGAAAAAAUAGGACUUUAUAGGAUUUUAUAGGAAUAUAUAGGACGCUUGACACCCUGUUUAUAUAAAGGUUUUUUCCACAAAUUUCUGUUAUAAAGAAGUUUCAACGUAUUUUGCCCACUCGGGUUUAACCGCUUUUUACCGCAAGAGCAUAUUUGGAGGUUCUUUUAAUGACCAUGCUUUUUUGAUCAAGAUAGCUAAAAAUUGGCUUUGUCUCUGUCCACAAAAUAAAUCAAUUAAAUAAUAAAAUAUAACAAAUAAACGGAAAAAAUAAUAGAUUGACGGAACAAGCCUGGUUAAGGAAGCAUAUUUAAAUUUCUGUCCUAGCAGAUGUUCAUUUUUAAAAGGCAAAAUAAUAUUAUUUCUGUACAAUGUACCUUUGUAUUAUAUUGCCCGGGUAUAGAAAAGCGGUUAUUAAAAAAACACGACCUCUCGUUCCCUUUAGUGGCCACAGCAAUAAUUGUCAACACUGUUUAGAUAAGAUUUCUAAGCAAUUUCUCAUUAUAUUUCUUUUUAUUGCAAAGGGACAAAACAAAGCCAGUUAUAUUGCUAUCAACCAGUGUAAUCACGUUGGGUGGAAAUAAUUUAAAAGGUAUUGUCCCUGUGCGUUUUUCUCAAUUCAACUUUGCAGGGAGUUUGAUUACACUUGCUAUGAAGGGGAUGAAUCAAAAAGGGACAAAUGCUUUUAAAAUGACACGGAGCACCACAAGUUAUUGAUAUUUGUCUUUCAGUCGCCUCAUUUUCGUGGUGUAUUAAAUUCUUAUCACGGGGAAACCUUAAACUAUGAAACUUUACUUGCUACCGCUCGAGCCAAAAAUCUGAAAGAGGAUGGAUAUUUUUAUCGUGACGAAUUGUCUGCUUAAUGUUCUGCUAAUGCCCCCAUCGAUCAUUGGGAACGUUUUCGUGCUGGUCGCCAUAUUAACAACUCCUUCUCUUCGUUCACCUUCCAUACUGUUCUUGUGCAGUCUCGCUGUCUCAGAUCUUCUUGUUGGCUUGGUGGUACAACCGGUUUACAUUGCAUAUCAACUUAACCCUGAACAGGGAUUUAAAGAUGCAUUCGACGCUUUAUCGUCUUUAGGCUGUGGUGUUUCUUUGUGUACAAUAGGGAGCUUAAGCAGCGACGUUUUUGAGCGACGCACGUCAACCGGAAGUGAGGUAUUUUCCCUCUUAACAUGCCUUGAUGAUAUAAAAUUUGUAUUCCUUAGCUUCUUUACUGUUAUAGAGGCGAUUUGACUGAAAAUUUGCGCGAAACCACCGUCAAAAUUUGAAAAAAGGCCACUUCCGGUUGACGUGCGUCGCUCAAAAACGUUGCUGCUUAAGCUCCCUAAUGACAGCGAUAAGCUUAGAUCGGUUUUUUGCUCUUCAUUAUCAUCUGCGAUACCCGAAUCUGAUGACGAAUAAGCGCGCAAUAUGCACAUCCCUAACUCUUUGGUUCUUGAUGUUCUCUGCAUCAUGUCUUUACGUAUGGAACAGAACCUACGCGAGGAUAGCCUUUGUCCCUGCAAUUGCCAUUUGCUUCUUGGUUUCUACUGUUUUGUACAUCAGAAUUUAUCAAAUUGUUCGUAGACAUCAGCUUCUAAUUCAUUUUCAACAGCAGACAGUGCGAAAUGUCAGUUCUGAUCACAACCUGAACAUCGCGCGAUGGAAGAGAAGUGCUUUAAACACUUUUAUAUAUUACAUCUGUAUGAUUCUGUGUUAUUUUCCAAUGUUCACAGGAAUAGUUGUUUUAACUAUUCACAGCAGACUUCAGAGACAGGAGUGGGAGUUGACAAAUACUGUGCUGUUUAUGAACUCGUCAAUUAAUCCAAUUUUGUAUUGUUGGCGUUUACGCGAACUUCGAACUGCAGUUUUAAAGAUAAUACGAAAACUACUACGUAGACAAACAGAGGAAAACUAA